UGGUCUGUGUGGAUUCACGAUUGGCUUGUCGGGAAGCCCCGACGUGGGUCUAUAAAUGCUGCUCCAUCUUCCAUAACUGUAGCAGUAGAAGGUUCAGAGAUUCAGGGGUAAGGAUUGGAGAAGAUAGCUUUCUAGAACUCCAAUGGCGGUUUCUCCUACUCUUUCGUCAAGCAAGCUCUUGUUGUUUAGUUUGUCCGGGUUCGUUUUGUUUGGGUUAGUGAGCCCAUCAAAGUUUGAUGAGCUCUUCCAACCGAGCUGGGCACUGGACCAUUUCAUUUACGAAGGAGAACAGCUUCAGCUCAAGCUUGACAAUUAUUCUGGUGCUGGGUUUACGUCAAAGAGCAAAUACAUGUUUGGGAAGACAACACUUCAGAUCAAACUCAUUGAAGGAGACUCUGCAGGAACUGUAACAGCAUUCUAUAUGUCAUCAGAUGGUCCAAAUCACAACGAAUUCGACUUCGAAUUCCUGGGAAACACGACCGGUGAACCAUACCUGGUUCAGACGAACAUAUACGUGAACGGUGUGGGCAACAGAGAGCAACGUUUGAACCUCUGGUUCGAUCCCACCAAAGACUUCCAUUCUUACUCCCUUCUCUGGAACCAGCGUCAAGUGGUUUUCCUAGUAGACGAGACACCGAUACGGGUUUUCACAAACAAGGAGAGACAAGGGGUGGCGUUCCCUAAAGAUCAAGCCAUGGGUGUGUACAGCUCUAUAUGGAAUGCCGACGAUUGGGCAACACAGGGAGGGAGAGUGAAGACGGACUGGACACAUGCUCCCUUUGUGGCUUCUUACAAGGGGUUCCAGAUUGAUGCCUGUGAGUGCCCCGUUACUGCGGCUGUGGAGGAGAAUGUGAAGAGGUGUAGUGCAAGUGAUAAGGGUUACUGGUGGGAUAAUCCAGUGAUGUCGGAGCUGAGUUUGCAUCAAAGCCAUCAACUCAUGUGGGUUCGAGCUAAUCAUCUUGUUUACGAUUAUUGCAUGGAUUCUUCGAGGUUCACUGUUGCACCUCCAGAGUGUGACAACUGACCAUAGCAGUUGCAGCUUUUGGGGUCUCAUUUAAGGGAAAACUUCAUAUCCUAUCCCACUGUAUAAAGAAGACAGAUAAACAUGAGCUUCAUGUUUCUUUUUCUUUUUAGUCAGUCAUCUUAGUUCUUUAUCUGUAUGUGUUCAGCUUUUCUUAGCUGUUCAUUGAUUAUUUACCGCUCCACAUUUUUAUCUCUACCCCACCUUUUUUUUUCUUUUUUUUGAGUUGGAAUUUCAUUUUGUCCAUGUUAUGGGUUGUUCCAAGAGGAAAAAUUUAGAUUGUGGGAAUAUCAUGCAUGGAUUUAGUUCUCGAUAUCGGUCUUGUUGAUAUCGAUCUAGAUCAGUGUGUCUCAGUCA